ACACUCUUCCAUUUCUGAUCUCCACUUUCUUAAUUAAUUUAAACACACAUCACCCACAUUACUAAUCUCACUUCUUCACCAAAUUGGAUUCUAAGUUUCUCAAUAUAGAUCAUCAUGGCGGCACCAGCGGCAAAUAGCUCUUGGGUGGCUAAGCCUCAGUCUUCUUCUUCUUCAUUGGAACACUUGGCCUCAAAUUCAUUCUUCAAAACACAAACUUGUACUACUACUUCUAAAAGGCCUAAAAAUAACAUCACUUGUUCACUUCAAACUCCUUCAGUUCUUCAUUUUCCUAAACAAUCUCCCACUUAUUCUCCAUCAAAACAGCCUAAAGAUGACUCCAAUUCUCUUUCUUUAAGUACUUCUUCAUCUCCUUCUUCGAAUUCUUUUCCUCAAAACUGGAACUUGUUACAAAGAGCUGCGGCUUCAGCUUUGGACGCCAUAGAAAAUGCCUUGGUUUCCCAUGAGCGUCAACACCCACUCCCUAAAGCAGCUGACCCACGUGUCCAAAUCGCCGGGAACUUCGCCCCCGUCCCAGAGAACCCCGUCUCUCACUCCCUUCCGGUCACCGGGAAAAUCCCAGAUUGCAUUCAAGGUGUCUAUGUCCGAAACGGAGCUAAUCCUCUCCACGAACCCGUCGCUGGCCACCACUUCUUCGACGGAGACGGCAUGGUUCACGCAGUUCAGUUCAAUAAAGGCUCCGUCAGCUACGCCUGUAGGUUCACUGAAACCAACCGUUUCGUUCAAGAACGUAGUUUAGGCCGCCCAGUGUUUCCCAAAGCCAUUGGCGAACUCCACGGCCACUCAGGCGUAGCAAGAUUGCUUCUUUUUUACAGUAGAGCUCUCUUCGGGCUUGUUGAUCCCAGCCAUGGCUCUGGUUGUGCCAACGCCGGACUGGUUUACUUCAACAAUCGUCUUUUGGCCAUGUCUGAAGACGAUUUACCUUACCAUGUUCGUGUCACUCCUUCCGGUGAUCUCAAAACGGUGGGUCGUUUUGACUUCGAUGGUCAGCUUAAUUCAACAAUGAUAGCUCACCCAAAAGUUGAUCCUGUUUCGGGCAAAUUGUUUGCUCUUAGUUAUGAUGUUGUUCAGAAGCCUUACUUGAAGUACUUUCGUUUCUCUCCGGAUGGCUCCAAGUCUCCGGAUGUUGAGAUUCCUAUUGAUGAACCAACAAUGAUGCAUGAUUUCGCCAUUACUGAGAAUUUCGUUGUGGUUCCUGAUCAACAAAUUGUGUUUAAACUCCCUGAAAUGAUCCGCGGUGGCUCACCGGUUAUUUAUGAUAAGAACAAGAUGUCAAGAUUCGGGAUAUUAGACAAGAAUGCUACUGAUGCUUCUGGGAUUAAAUGGAUUGAAGCUCCUGAUUGUUUCUGUUUCCAUCUCUGGAAUGCGUGGGAGGAGCCUGAAACUGAGGAAGUUGUUGUGAUUGGUUCAUGUAUGACUCCCCCGGACUCUAUUUUCAAUGAAUGUGAUGAUAAUUUGAAGAGUGUUUUAUCUGAAAUAAGACUCAAUCUAAAGACUGGUAAGUCCACUCGCCGCCAGAUAAUUUCCGAGUCAGAACAAGUCAAUUUAGAGGCCGGAAUGGUUAACCGGAACUUGCUCGGAAGAAAAACCCGGUAUGCAUAUUUAGCCCUUGCUGAGCCCUGGCCUAAAGUCUCCGGCUUCGCCAAAGUUGAUCUUUCAACUGGAGAAGUCCGCAAAUACAUAUAUGGUGACCAAAGGUACGGCGGCGAGCCUCUCUUUUUCCCAAGAGGGUCUAAUUCAGAAAAUGAAGAUGAUGGUUUCAUUCUCGCUUUCGUUCAUGACGAAAAGGAGUGGAAAUCCGAGCUGCAAAUCGUUAAUGCCAUGACUUUGAAGCUGGAAGCCACAGUUAAGCUUCCAUCUCGAGUUCCUUAUGGCUUUCAUGGCACUUUCAUAAGCGGCAAAGAUUUGGAGAAGCAAGUCUAAAUUCAAGUUUGUAGAGUUUAGGCUAUGAAAGGAGGGAGAUUUACCAGAGGGAUGCUUGCAUAUACUUCCCCGGAAUCUCCUCCUUUGUGGGGUUCUGACUAAAAUAUUUAGCUUUUUUGUUUGUUUGUUUGUUUGUUUUUGUUAUUUAAUAGUGAGAGGUUUUGAGGAACCAGCUUGUAGCUUUUGGUUGUAGCUAGAAUUGAAGCUCAGCUGGUUUCUGCUUAUUGUUUCACUAUUUGUGCAUAAGUACAUAAAUUACAAUGGAAAUGUAUGUAAUAUUCUGUAUUUCAAUUUUCA